CCCGCUUUGCACUUAUAUGCUUUCACCAUUAGUAUCAAAUACGUUCUCAGAGGUUUAUUUUGAAAGCGCAGACCGGCUGUUGUUUCCCCGUAAGCUGCGCGUGAACUCAGGUUCCGAAAUAUGACCAGCCGAAAAACUUCAACCCCAGGCAGAGACAACGGAGACAAAUACUCCGUCCUGUUACCGACAUACAACGAAAGGGAGAACCUCCCGCUGAUAGUGUGGCUUCUGGUGAAGUAUUUUGGUGAGAGUGGCUACAAGUAUGAAAUUAUCGUCAUUGACGACGGGAGCCCAGACGGGACACUGGAGAUCGCUCAGCAGCUGCAGGGGAUUUAUGGAGAAGACAAGAUACUUCUUCGACCGAGGGCAAAGAAAUUAGGACUGGGAACUGCCUACAUCCACGGCAUGAAGCACGCCACGGGGAACUUCAUCAUCAUCAUGGACGCAGACCUUUCUCACCAUCCCAAGUUUAUUCCAGAAUUUAUUGAAAAGCAGAGAGAGGGUGACUACGACCUGGUGUCUGGGACUCGGUACCGAGGGAACGGAGGCGUGUACGGCUGGGACCUGCGCAGGAAGCUCAUCAGUCGAGGGGCCAACUUUCUGACCCAGGUGUUGUUGAGACCCGGAGCCUCAGAUCUCACAGGAAGCUUCAGGUUGUAUAAGAAAGAGGUUUUGGAGAGUCUGGUUGAGCGCUGCGUCUCCAAAGGCUACGUCUUCCAGAUGGAGAUGAUCGUCCGGGCCAGACAGCUCAACUACACAGUGGGAGAGGUCCCCAUUUCCUUCGUGGACCGAGUCUACGGCGAGUCCAAACUGGGGGGCAACGAGAUCGUGUCGUUCGCCAAAGGACUCCUGACGCUGUUCGCCACCACAUGAGGAGUCCUGCAGCCACCGAGGCCUCGGUCUUCCCCACACUCAUCUGAUAGACUUGACCGUAUAAAGACUGGCGGUGUGUCGCGUCUCCCAUCAGGAGACAGGAAACAUGUCCACAGAGCUGCUGAGUCGACCGCCUGCUCUACGUCCCAUCAUCCUCUCCAGUCUGGGUGAAGUGAAGCAGAGUCUGAGUGGACUGGUUCAAACACAACCAGCAGUGAUGCUUCGAAUAAAUCAAACCUGGUUGAUGCUGAUGGUUAGAAUAAAUCCAG